AUGACUGUGAUGGCGCCACCUGCUCCGAAUGAGCAAGAGGAUGAGGACAUGCUGGUCCCGCGAUCGGAUUUGGUGGAAGGGCCUCAAACCGCUGAAGAAGCAGCAGAAAGUACUGCAGAGAAUCAGCCAGCAGAGGAUCCUCGUACGACCAAGUUUUGUUGGAGAAUUGAAAAUUUUUCUAGACUGAACACGAAGAAGCUCUACUCUGAAAUAUUUGAACUCUGUGAAUAUAAAUGGCGGAUUCUUAUAUUUCCAAAGGGGAAUAACGUUGAACAUCUAUCCAUGUAUUUGGAUGUGGCUGAUUCAGCGUCUUUGCCUAAUGGAUGGAGUAGAUAUGCCCACUUUAGUUUGGCUGUUGUUAAUCAAGUUCAAGUCAAGUAUUCAGUCAGAAAAGAAACACAACAUCAAUUCAAUGCCCGAGAAAAUGAUUGGGGGUUUACAUCCUUUAUGCCACUUGCUGACCUUUAUGAUUCAAGCAGAGGUUAUCUUGUCAAUGACACCUGCAUAAUUGAAGCUGAGGUUGCAAUCUUUAGAGCUAUGGAUCCAUGGCUAUACAAUUCAAAGAAAGAAACUGGUUUUGUGGGACUAAAAAACCAAGGGGCUACGUGUUAUAUGAAUUCUCUUCUCCAGACGCUAUAUCAUAUUCCUUAUUUUAGGAAGGUCGGGAUUUCCAGCAGCACUAUGCAAAAUAUAAGAGUUUGUUUUUGUGUUGAUAUGCCAACUGCAAGUAUCCCAUUGGCUCUGCAGAGCUUAUUUUAUAAGCUUCAAUACAGUGACAGCAGUGUUGCAACGAAGGAGUUGACAAAAUCCUUUGGGUGGGAUACAUAUGACGCUUUUUUGCAACAUGAUGUACAAGAACUCAACAGAGUUCUUUGCGAAAAGCUUGAAGAAAAGAUGAAGAGAACUGUUGUGGAAGGCUCCAUACAGCAGUUAUUUGAGGGCCAUCAUAUGAACUAUAUAGAAUGCAUCAACGUGGACUACAAAUCUAGUAGAAAGGAAUCAUUCUAUGAUCUUCAGCUUGAUGUUAAGGGCUGUAAUGACGUCUAUGCCUCAUUUGAUAAGUAUGUCGCAGUUGAACAUCUAGAUGGAGACAACAAAUAUCACGCUGAACAAUAUGGUUUACAGGAUGCUAAGAAAGGUGUCUUGUUUAUUGACUUCCCUCCAGUUCUCCAGCUUCAUUUAAAGCGGUUUGAAUAUGACUUUUCGCGAGACAUUAUGAUUAAGAUAAAUGACCGCUAUGAGUUUCCGCUUCAACUUGAUCUGGAUAGAGAUAAUGGCAAAUACUUGUCACCAGAAGCUGAUAGACGAGUACGCAACCUUUACACACUUCACAGUGUUUUGGUCCACAGUGGUGGUGUGCAUGGUGGACAUUAUUAUGCUUUUAUAAGGCCCACUCUGUCCAGCCAAUGGUAUAAAUUUGAUGAUGAACGAGUGACCAAAGAGGACAUGAAAAAGUCUUUGGAAGAGCUAUUCGGUGGUGAGGAAGAACACAUGAUGCAGACAAAUCAGGGAAUCAAUACUACACCUUUCAAGUUUACAAAGCAUUCAAAUGCUUAUAUGCUGGUGUAUAUACGUGAAAGUGAUAAGGAUAAAAUAAUGUGUCAUGUUGAUGAGAAGGACAUCGCGGAGCAUCUUAGGGAGCGGCUGAAGAAAGAGCAAGAGGAAAAGGAGCAAAAGAGAAAAGAAAAGGCUGAAGCUCAUCUUUACACUGUUGUAAAGGUUGCAUGUGAUGAAGAUUUUGCUUGGCAAAUUGGUAGGAAUGUCUUUUUUGAUUUAGUGGAUCACGAUAAAGUGAGGAGCUUUCGUGUCCAGAAGGCAAUGCCAUUUAACAUUUUCAAGGAAGAGGUCGCAAAGGAAUUUGGUAUACCUGUGCAAUUCCAGCGCUUUUGGCUGUGGGCAAAGCGCCAAAACCACACAUGUCGUCCUAACCGGCCAUUGACUCAACAUGAGGAAACAGAAACUGUUGGACAUUUGAGGGAUGCAUUUAAUAAAGUUCAGAAUGCUGACCUGAGGUUAUUCUUAGAAUUGGAGCUUGGACCGGAUUUGCAGCCCAAGACUCUCCCUGAUAAGGGUAAAGACGACAUUUUGUUAUUCUUCAAGCUUUAUGAUCCAGAAAAGGAAGUGCUUAGAUAUGCUGGAAAACAUUUUGUUAAGAGCAUGAGCAAGCCAAUAGAUAUCUUGGCUAAACUAAAUGAGAUGGCAGGCUAUGCCCCUGAUGAAGACAUUGAUCUCUAUGAGGAAAUAAAAUUCGAGCCCCAUGUCAUGUGUGAACUGAUUGACAAGAGAUUUACAUUUAGAUCUAGCCAGCUUGAGGAUGGAGACAUAGUUUGCUUUCAGAAAUCUCUUUCAGCCCAGGCUCGUCAACAACUUCGUUGUCCAGAUGUUCCAACAUUCUUUGAAUACCGUCAUAAUCUCCAAGUUAUUCAUUUUCGGUCUCUGGAAAAGCCCAAGGAGCAUGAUUUUUCUUUACAACUGUCAAAGCUCGACACAUAUGAUGAAGUUGUCGAAAGAAUAGCUCACCAUCUUGGAAUAGAUGAUCCUUCCAAAAUUCGUCUCACUUCACAUAAUUCAUAUUCACAGCAGCCAAAACCUCACCCCAUAAAGUAUCGAGGGGUAGAUAAUUUGCUAGACAUGUUGCUGCACUACAAUCAGACAUCUGAUAUACUGUACUACGAAAUCUUGGAUAUGCCUCUUCCAGAACUACAAGGUUUAAGAACACUGAAAGUAGCAUUCCGUAAUGCAUCAAAUCUUGAAAUGACGAUUCACAAUGUCAGAGUGCCGAAAGAAGGCACUGUCAGUGAUAUACUUGAUGAUAUCAGGCUGAAGGCUGAGGUGUCUCAUCCAGAGACUGAACUUAGGUUACUGGAAGUAUUCAGCCACAGGAUCUACAAGAUAUUUCCAUCCAGUGAAAAGAUAGAAACCAUAAAUGACAACUACUGGACAUUACGAGCGGAAGAGAUACCUGAGGAAGAACGAAAUCUCGGUGAACAUGAUUGCUUGAUUCAUGUAUAUCACUUUAUGAAUGAAGAAAAUCAGAACCAAAUGAAAAUUCAAAACUUCGGUGAGCCAUUUUUGUUGGCCAUUCGUGACGAUGAGACUUUAGCUCAUGUAAAGACUCGUGUACAGAAAAAGUUAAAUGUGCCGCAUGAAGAAUUUUCUAAGUGGAAAUUUGCUUAUGUUUCACAAGGCCGGGCUGAGUAUCUUAAGGAUUCAGACAUUUUAUUGAGUCGUUUCCAGAGGAGCGGCAUUUAUGUUGCUUGGGAGCAAUACCUUGGACUUGAACAUGUAGAUAAUGCUCCAAAAAGGCCUCUUGCUGCUAAUCAGUAUCGUCAGCCGUACGAGAAGGCUGUGAAGAUAUACAACUAA